AAUCAGUUUGCCGAAAGGCUUGGACCGCUUGGCCUUGAUGCAUUUGGCAUGCUAGUGGUCGAUUUCAUGCACGAGUGCGAACUCGGCACCUGGAAGGUGCUACUCAUACACCUUAUCAGGUUGCUCUAUGCCAUCCCUGGCGGGAGUCAGUUGAUCCCCACUUUUGGUAAUGGGGUGAUCCGCAAGUUCUCAAACAACACCUCUGAGAUGAAGAGGUUAGCGGAGCGCGACUUUGAAGAUAUACUU